GGUUUGAAACCGGCGUGAAGGUAGACCAUUAAAAAACUGUUUUGUGUAAAAAAUAAGUCAAGAUUUACUUUUAUUACAACGACAAUUCUAAUAAAACGCAGGCGUACCAACGUUUCGUGGCUAUCUUCGCAGUUGAAUACACGUGCAUUUUGUAGGUUAAGACGACUCUUGAGUGAUUGUUAAUUUUAAAAUUCGCAAUGCCUAAAUCUAAAAGGGACAAAAAAAUUUCGUUGACCAAAACCGACAAAAAAGGUCUCGCUCUUAAGCAAAAAAUCGUCGAAGAUGUGCGAAAUUGCGUCGAAAAGUACUCCAGCAUUUACGUUUUUACGUUCAGCAACAUGCGGAACGAGUUGAUGAAAGACGUCCGAGAGCAGUGGAAACCCAGUCGGUUUUUCUUCGGUAAAAACAAAGUGAUCGGGGUUGGACUAGGUAGAAACAAGGAGGAAGAAGUGGGGGACGAUUUGCACAAAAUCUCUAAGUGUUUGAAAGGACAGUGUGCCCUGCUCUUCACAGACAGCCCCAAAGACGAAGUUCUUGAGUGGUUUUCUAGUUACAGUUGUGAAGACUUCGCCCGCUCGGGGUGCACGGUUGGUAAAACAAUUCAGUUGUCGGAAGGGCCGCUGAAAAAGUUUCCUCAUUCAAUGGAGCCGUACUUGAGACAGCUGGGAUUGCCGACAAAGUUGGAAAAAGGGGUUGUAACGUUAAUCAAAGACUACGAAGUGUGUAAGAAGGGGACUGUUUUGAGUCCAGAACAGGCUAAAAUUUUGGAAUAUUUGGGACACAGAUUGGCUACAUUCAAGUUGGAUUUGAGGGCUGGGUGGGUCAAGGGGACGGGUUUUGAGCGACUGGACGGACAAAAUGAAGAAAAAGAACAAACAGACGACGAAAUGGACGAAUAAAGUAAAUUUGUUGAA